UGAAAACCGCUGCGAGCGGUCGUGCCCUAGAGCCACGGUUCGUUGAGAAAUAAUUUCGAGGAAAAUCUGAUUCUUUAUUAAUACAAAAUGGACAUCACAAUUACGCGACAUUUUAGUUUGGAUGAAUCGUCAAUGCGAAGCGGGGCGCUAGCGGCUAUGGAGGCGGAGCCUGACCUCAGCACCUUCGAGAACAAGUCGGGGCUGGCUGAGGACAUGAAGUUCCUCGCCUCGAUGCCCGAACUGUGUGAUGUCACCUUCCUGGUCGGCGACACCAGGGAGCCCGUGUGUGCGGUCAAAGCUGUCUUGGCUGCCCGCAGCAGGGUGUUCCAGAAGAUGCUUUACCAAGCUCCCAGUCCUCAAAGGAAGAAAGAGCCAGCUCCCAGAGAGAACAAAUUAAGGUUAUUCCUCAAAAGAUCCUCAGAGCCACUUCUGAAUCUACAAAAUGCUGCACAGCAGAGAUCGACUUUCGCGCAGCAAUUGGCUCCAAUACAAGAGCCAUCCUCACAGCAGCAUCAAACAUUGAUCAUAGAAGAAUUCGAGCCUGACGUCUUCAGACAGCUGAUAGAGUACAUACACACUGGGUGUGUAACGUUGCAGCCGCGAACUUUACUCGGAGUGAUGAACGCAGCUGACUACUACGGUCUUGACGAGUUACGCCGCGCCUGCGCAGGCUUCGUACAAUGCUGCAUCACCGUGGACACAGUGUGCGCCCUCCUGGCUUCCGCUGAGCGAUAUAUACAAUACAAGUGUACCAAAUCACUAGUGCAGAAGGUGCUCGAGUUCGUCGAUGAGCACGGAAAUGAGGUUCUGAAUCUUGGAUCAUUCACACUGUUGCCCCAACACGUCGUGAGACUAAUACUAGCUAGAGAUGAACUUCGCGCUGAUGAGUUUACCAAAUUUCAGGCAGCCUUGAUGUGGAGUAAGAAAUACUGCGACACCAACCAGAACAUGUGUUUGAAGGAAGUCAUUGGCAACUUCUUGGAGUACAUCCAGUUCCACAAGAUCCCGGCCAACGUGCUCAUGAGGGAGGUACACCCGCUCGGCUUGGUGCCAUACUCCAUCAUCAUGAACGCUCUGGCUUACCAGGCAGACCCGGCCAGCGUAGAUCCAGGCAAGCUUUCCCCGGCACGAGUGCGCCGCGCCGGUCGCUCCAUGUCCGUGCAGUCUUCACUCGACCCCUACGGGUCGAACACCACCCUCUCUUCAACCGGCUCGAGCGAUGUUCCGUCGUCAGACUCUCGGCACAACUAACGCGAGGGGAACCUCCCCCGUCCCGCACCCGAACCCGUCCCCGGCCCCUCCAACGCCCCUGUCACCCCCGCACCCACCUCAGACAAACCUCCAGACAAGCCCGACAAACCAGACAAACCACCGGAAAAACUUGGCCUCUUCUCUUCCAUCAAACGCGCUGCCAGCAAAAAGUUUGGUGACCGUCGCUCGCCUACGCCAAAAACGAGAGAACCGCGAUCAAAAUCCGACUCUAUAAAACACGCAGCUCUCACCAGACAGGUUUCAGAGACAGUGGCUGCUGCUGGCGAUCCCACUUUUGAACGAUGCAGACCUAGGAAGCGUGACAGUGAAACAGAGUUCCCCGUACGCAAAUCUACAUCAGAACUAUCAGAGAGCUUCCCGUUCGUCAAGCGAGCUUUAGCCGAAAUAGAAAAUGGAUUAAAUUAUUUCAGAAGAUCAGUCGCGUUGGACGCAAAUGAGAAGCCAGCACCCUUAGCAAGAGCAGAACCUGUUGUAGUUGUUGCAGCAGCAGAAGACGACACUCCUGUGUCUCCUCCUCCUCCAAUGGGCUUAAAAGAGCGUCGAGGUUCUCGCGGAUCACCAUGUGCCAAUUUACCGCCAUUGAUGUUGCCUCCGAGUACACCAGAACCAUCACCAAGUCGCUUGUCACCAAAUAGGUUAUCCCCACAGCCGAAAGGGCCGUUGUCAGCUCCUAUCAUUAGAGGAAAUCCACUAAGGCGUUCGAGAACACGUUCAGAAAUGCCCCCGGAGAAGCCUCCACGAUCUCCCCAGACCCCUCGUCCAGCGUCUGUCUCUCCAAAGCACACAUUCGCUUUCAAAAUUGUACUGAAGAAAGUGGAGAGCACGCCUAACACCUCGUUCGAUAGACCUGAACAAUGAGAGUACCUCCUCUAAGCGCGGCCGUCGAGGCACGGUGGAGUACUCGAGGUGAAUGACGCGCUUUUCUCCGUUUUCUAGAAAGAGCUAGCAUAGUUUAGUUAGCAUUUAACAAAUGGUCUGCAGAAGAGAUUUUUCUGAAUUGCAAUUGGAAAUUUCUUCAUGUUCUUAUGAAUUUAGAGGCUGGCCCUCUUGUCGAUGUGAAUCAUCGUGAAACUUGCUAUAAGGAUUUCAAUGUAAAGCAAAAAUGUGUAUAAACGGUUCAAAAGAUUUGUUAUUGUGUCAUUGUACGAUCAUGGAAUUGGUUAUAAAACAAAGCGUUUGUGAUUCAAAAUAUAGAGUUUGUUCAUAAUCUAUUUUUGAUUGAUUUUUAAUUCUACUUACGCAUGAUGAACUCCAUAUUCUAUGAUUAGACGAUGACAUAAAUAUACGUGACUAUUAUCGAUGUGGCAAUUGUUCUAUUCAAGUAUAAUAACUUUUUUGUGAUGUACUUUCAAUGUGACAAACAAGAGCAAGACAACUAAAGUUUUCUUUUCAAAUUCUUCAUAUAUAAACUGUACAGUUGCUGUUUUUCAAUUCUAUGAGAUAGGUUCCCGAACUGUAUCGUGCAUUCGUGCCUGUAAGUGGAUGUUCUCCAAGACUUGUUGUUGUUGCGUCUUAUCAUUCAUAAUAUUUGUAAAAAAAUGUCAACUAUAUACCGAUGUCGACCACAUACCGUUGUAAAGGAAUUUGCUAGACACAUUAGCAAUAUUUUUUACAUUUCUCUAAAUGAUAAUACUUAUUAUGUAAGCAUACACAGCCCGUGUAUUUUAUGAAAAUUUUAAGCGAACAACUGUGUUUAUAUGUGUCAUACCUAUAAAUUUUAAUACGAAAGUAUUUUUGUAAUAAAUGUAAUAUUGACUGAAAAAAUGGGUUACAACUUCGAUUGCAAUUUAAGUUAUGGUAAUUUAAUAUAGAUGUAUGAUAUAUGAUGCGCGGCUCAUCGAAUUUAGUUAUAUUGAUUUAAAUUACACGUUUACAAAAUAUUGGGAUAGUUAUUUGAAUAUGAAUUACGAGUAUAAAGCGUUUUUAAGUCGUACGGUUGAUUAAGAUAGUACAGAGGGAAAAAAUCCUUUGGGUUUUCCUAUAGGUGGUGGCCUUCUUACUCUUUUGACCUCGACAUGUUUUUAUACAACUUACCUCUAGUUACCACUAAGCUUCAAAUGCAGCGCAGAAAUCAAACCUCAACUUCAGCCAUUAACCAAAUCCUUGAUUAUUAGGACCCUUCACCUUGAUAAUUUAACAUCUAUCAUAAAAUUAUUUAAAAAUUCAAACUUAUAUUUGAACAUCAAAAUCUAGUCACUGCUGAUAAGUAGAUAAAUAAUUUAGAAAAAAUACAAUAACAAAGUUAGAAAUAACUACCAAGAAGUACGUCCGCCAUCAAAUGUAGGUAUGUGUCCUGCAGGUAACAAAAGUCUAAAGUUUGGUUCAGAUUUUGCUUAUUAUAAGGCAUAAAAAUAACGAUGUGAAGUUGAAUUUACUCCUUCCCAUAAUGUUGAAUUGCUAUCGAAGUUGUUAAUAAACUUUACCACAGUAGCUGUUGUAUUCGUGGUGUGAAUUUCCAUUCUCCAUUUAAAUAAUCCAGUGUACGGAAAUUCAUUUUGUUUUAUCAUAUCAGGCUAAUAAGGGUACUAAGUACAUAAUUUUACACAGUAUUACUAUAAACAAUAAACUAAAAGUAACUUAUUUUAAUUAUUUAUGAUUAAAUUUGUGUACGAAUCAUAGCCCAGGGUGUAUUUAUGGUCCUGUAGAUUUAAUAUCGCUCACAAUGAAGGAAUCAUUGCUGGUUAUAAUUUAACAUUGGCUUCGCUUCCUCAGAUGGGUGCGUCAACACGAACCGAAAAUCCGCCGUUAAAACCUCUGUUACAACUUUAAUCGUACUCUACGCCCCUCUACCGCUGGCUAUGUACGAUUGAACUGCAUUAUUUUAAUCUUCUUUUGAACCUGUGCAAAUUACUACGUAUUUCAGGCUAAAUCACUGAGGGCUAUGUGAAGUGAAAAUGUAUGUGUCUCUACAUUGGAAAGCCAAGCCAUGCAGAUUAUAAAAAAAAAUGCUUAACUAUAACUACUCAGUGAUUUAUUUUAUUUUUAAGAUUAGCAAGAUAUCCAUAUUUGUGUCAAAUUGAAAGGAAUGUUUAAUAUUUGCUAUAAUUUAAAAGAGUAAGUUGUGCAAAAUAACCAAAAUAUGCAGGCAGCUAAUGUAAGGCACUUCAUUGGAAGAAUUAGAUUAUUGUAUAAUUUAAAAACUUAUGUUGAAUCAUUAAAGAAGUAUAUUUAUAUCUUGUGUUAAAUCACAUUGUAUUCUAAACAAAAAUUUAUUAGAAAAAAUCUACUCGGCAUCUUCAUCAUCAUCACCCUGAUAGCAGAAUAUGCGGGUUCGAAUCCCGUUUGAAACCUGGACUCAGUGGUUUUUUUUUUCUAACAAAUGUUUAAAAGUAUGUAAUAAUCAACUCUAUUUUCUUUUUUGUAAUUGUAUCUAAUUAUAUGAAAUGAAUAUUAAUUUAAACAUGAAUACAUUUUAUAAACCAACUAAUCCAAAGGAUAAUACUUAUCGAUGUUUUUGACUGGUCUGUAUCAAGAUGUUUGUUGUAUGGGACAACGUGUUUUCUAUAUAUUAUGUAAAUAAACAAUUGUGGUGAAAAUAAUGUGUAAUUAUUAUUAUAAAAUUACGUUGCAGUAAAAUUAAAACAAACAUAAGUGAUGGGAUUAUAUGGCAAACAGAGUACCAUUCCAGGUACUUUGAAU